AUGACGACGGUGUCGCGCGCGCUCGGCUCCGCGUUCGCGGGCUUCACGCGGGCACCCGCGGCGGCGCAGACCGCGACGACCCUGCCCUCCCCGUGCGGCUCGUCGGCACUACUCCAGCACUGGCGCUGGAGCCGGGCCAGCCGCGCCCGGCGGUUCUCGUCUGGCCGCGCGGCACGGAUUAGCAUGAGCCUCCGCGCCGGCAUCGUCGGGCUUCCCAACGUCGGCAAGUCGACUCUCUUCAACGCCAUUGUUGAAAACGGGAAGGCACAAGCUGCAAACUUUCCCUUUUGCACCAUCAACCCAAACGUUGGUGUGGUGGCUAUCCCUGAUCCUCGUUUGCAGGUGCUCUCAAAAUUAAGCAAGUCGCAGCAGACGGUCCCAACAUCCAUUGAGCUUGUGGACAUUGCAGGUCUCGUCAAGGGAGCAAGCAAAGGAGAGGGACUAGGAAAUCAAUUCCUUUCAAACAUCCGUGAAGUGGAUUCUAUACUUCAGGUUGUGCGAUGCUUUGAGGAUGACGAUAUAGUCCAUGUCAAUGGCAAGGUCGAUCCUAGAUCAGACAUCGAUGUCAUUAACCUAGAGCUCAUAUUUUCGGAUCUUGAACAGAUAGAGAAGAGGCUAGAUAAGCUUAACAAGAGCAAAACUAAAGAUGUGCAAGUAAAAGUGAAGGAACAAGCAGAGAAAUCAGGAUUGGAAAAAAUUCAGCAGGCGCUUAUGGAAGGAAAGCCUGCAAGAUCGGUCGAUUUAGCUGAGCAUGAGAAAGAAGCUAUACAACAUCUUUGUCUGCUAACUAUGAAACCUGUCAUUUAUGUUGCUAAUGUAACAGAAUCUGAUCUUGCUGAACCUGAUAACAAUCCUCAUGUCAAAGAGGUGACUAAAGCAGCAUCAGACUUGCAGUCUGGCAUGGUUACAAUAUCAGCUCAGGUUGAAGCUGAACUCGCUGAGCUACCUUUGGAAGAGAGAGUAGAAUAUUUAAAAUCUCUUGGUGUUGCUGAAAGUGGACUAGGAAAUUUGGUAAAAGCAACAUAUAAUCUAUUGGGAUUAAGAACUUAUUUCACAACUGGAGACAAGGAAACAAAAGCUUGGACUAUUCUUGCAGGCAUGACUGCGCCACAAGCAGCUGGAGUUAUUCAUAGUGACUUUCAGAAAGGAUUCAUCAGAGCUGAAACUGUAUCCUAUGAUGAUUUUGUUGCAGCUGGUUCUCUUGGAGUAGCAAGGGAGAAAGGGCUGUUGAGGUUGGAAGGAAAGGAUUAUGUUGUGCAGGAAGGAGAUGUCAUGCUUUUCAGAUUCAACGUGUGA